AUGGCAGCGACACGUCGAAAAGCGGCUCAUGAUCUCGACAAAAUACCUUCAGAUGAAGGUGAAUGGCGUGCCGCAGCACAGAAAUAUGGACUCCAGAGCCGUAAUCUCGAGGACUUGUGUAAGAAUGGGAACUUCUCAGCAUCCACAGUUCCAACAGAGGCAUUCCUUACACUUCGUUGCAUUUGGCCUAAAAAGAAAGACCACAAGCACGCCUUGGCUUACAUUUCCAACCUAGAGCACUUUUUUAGCUGGGACAACGUGGAUGACGCUAAGAAAUUGACGGAUAACAAGCUGUUAGGACUUGAUAAGCUCACCAUCCUAUAUCAGAUAAUAUGUCCUCCAAAACAAUCCUUGCAGCGCACCCCUCCUGAGUUCUCUGGAACGCUGUCGGAUGGCUUAGGCCCCUUCGCUUUGCUUAUCCCCAUCUACAACCAACUUCAAGACAGACGACCUCAAACCCCACCUAGCGUGUUUUACCCAGAAAAUGCUCCCAGAGGACAGUUAUUCUUUGAUGCUUUGCAACACCAUGGUCACCAGGCACCCACAAGCCCAACUCGCUACGGCGCUGCGGUGGAGGAUAUUACUAUAGAAGAUAUCCAAAUGACAGGCAUCGACAUCGGGAGCUUUAGUAGCUCCCUCCCUGAGGACGCCUCGUCUCUAGCCGAACACUCCGUAGUUAGCGUGCCAAUUGACGAGCCUCCUCCCCGCACACCGACGGAGACCCUCGUCACGGAUUUCGCGGUUAUCCUUCUGGGGGGGUUAGCUAGUCUUGUGCAGCCCCUGGGCUAUAAACCCCUGUGUAUGGCGAACUCUUUCGAGACAACAUACGAAUUUGGCCCCCUAAACAACGUAAUAAACCCACUGGAUAAGGUCAAGUUUCGGGCUCGUAUUGAUGGUAGCAUUCCAUUCAGCGUUUCUCCGGGCAAGGACCUUCGUGAAGCCAUUAUUUUCGAAGCUAAACGAGCGCCCCGUGUUGAGGGGAUAAAUGAGGUCCCUGUUCUUGCACAACAGUCAAUGGAACAUGCAGCUUACAUUUGGAACCGUCACAAGGAGGACACAACGUGGAGAAACUCUGCGCAGACAUACCAUAGUUUUAUGGUAGCCCAGGACCACCUCAGCUUCCACAUCAGCAUUGGGACGUAUGAUCACAGAUAUCUUGACUACAUCUUUGCAUCAAAUAGUCGAAGAGUUAUCCCAGUCCAAGGGAACAUCCCAUUUCUCCAAAUCCAGGAGCUUGGGCCAUUUGAUACGGAAGAUAAUGAUCAUUUGGCCCGAUUUCUACAGAUAAUUCUGUCGUUUAUUCUUUCUCAGCUAGAAAAAACGCCAGCAGCAGCUAUCUUCAAAAACGCCCUUCGCUAA